AUGGAGAUGGAUUUUUCUGAAGAAGAAGUUUUCUUAGUAAUCAAGCAUCUUGGGGAUAAUAAAUCCCCGGGUCCGGAUGGGUUUACGAUGGAGUUCUACAAGUGUUGUUGGCAUAUUAUUCGUGAUGAUUUUAUGAAGUUGAUGGGCAGUGCAUAUAGAAUUUUGUCGAAAGUAUUGGCUAAUAGGUUAAAGAAGGUGAUGCAUAAGCUGGUGUCUGAUUAUCAAGGGACAUUUGUGAAGGAAAAACAGAUUCUAGAUGGGGUGUUAAUAGCAAGUGAGUGCAUUGAUAGCAGAUUGAAGGACAAAAAGGCGGGAGUUUUAUGUAAGAUUGAUAUGGAAAAGGUGUUCGACAAUGUCAAGUGGAGAUCUUUAUUGAGAAUUUUGGAGAAACACGGUUUCGGUAGAAAAUGGAUUUCAUGGAUGAAAUGGUGUAUAUCUUCUUCGCAUAUUUCUGUUUUAGUGGAUGAUACAUCUACAGAUAAGUUUAAACCUACAAAAGACGAUACUCUGAUUUUUGUGGAUGCAAAUGUGGAGGAGAUUCAAAGACUCUUAAUUAUUCUCACUACUUUUGAGCUCUUGACAGGAAUGAAGCUGAAUUUGGAGAAGAGCUCCAUGAUUGGUGUUGGGGCAGAUGACGUUAUUGGAGAUUUGGCUAUGGAGUUAGGAUUUAAGAUCGAAAAGUUGCCUAUCAAGUACUUGGCGUUACCGCUGGGUGCCACUUUUAGAUGCGCUUCUGUAUGGGAUGAUGUGAUUCAAAGAAUGGAGGUGAAACUUGCAACUUGGAAGAAGAAGUUUUUAAAUAAGGCAGGUAGGUUGGUGCUUAUCAAAAGUUGUCUUUCUAGUCUGCCGGUUUAUUUGUUGUCUUUUAUCAAUAUGCCAGCUAGUGUGGAGAUGAAAAUAACUAGGUUGAUGCGGAACUUCUUAUGGGAUUCUAAUGAAAGUAGGAGGAAAAUGUGUUGGGUUUCUUGGACUAAAAUAUGUAGACCAAAGCAUUUGGGUGGUUUGGGGGUGAAGAAUUUAAGAUGCACUAGCAAGGCGUUAAAAGCGAAGUGGAUUUGGAUAUAUUCGAAGGAGAAGAAGGCUUUAUGGAGGAAGGUUGUUCAGCAGAAGUUUAAUAACACUGUUGAUGUUUUCCUUCCCACGGAUGAUGGUAAGACACAAGGAAGGAGUGUUUGGAAACAUAUUUUAUGUUCUUCCUCUUUUCUUGAUGAACAUAUUACUUCUGUUUUGAAUAAUGGCAAAUCUACUAGAUUUUGGUACGAUAAAUGGACAACUUCUGGUCUCUAA